AGGUCCCAGAUUUUAAUUUUUUUGCUCAGCACCAGGAGCAACAACUUCGCCAAACAAGUAAGUACAAGCUGUACUAACCUAUUUUCGUCCAGUCGCUCGACUCAUCUUGCCCUUCAGGUUGAGUUUGCACUAGUGCAAAAACUAGAAUUUCUUUUCGUUCUAUCGAAUUCAAUUCUUUGUCUUUCGGCAAAGGGGUAAAACUACACCAAAUCCAAAUCUCGUGAAAUCCAAAAUGAAGUAAGGCUUCCAGGUGCUUGCGAUCGCCGGCCAAGCCGGCGCGGUGACACGCCCCCGCGGCAGCGGCAAUGAGUACACUCACUCGUGUAUGAUGAGAAACAUUCCACCCUCCAGCAUAUAUCCGAAGAUAAGUUUGUCGUGUCUGACGGUGUCGCGUCAAGUGUCUGUAUGCCCAAGGUCAGGCUCUCGCGUUGAAAGAUAUACAUGCUUUCUAUAGAAUUACAAAUACAAAUAUUUUGACUGAACUUCUAAAGAGCAGUAGCUGUAGCAUGAUCGGUCCCCGUCGAUCGUCCCAGCAUGUGCGUAAAUGAAAUACAGCAAAAGAAAUCAUAAUCAUUCUUUUUGAAGCUUGUUUAAGUCGCUGGGCGGAAUGUUUCACCUUGAUAACCCGGGAAGGAAGUGAGGAAGGCGGGGCGUUCGUGGAGACCCGGGUGAAGUCGACGAUGGUUAACAAAAAACAACGCACGAAAAAAGAACAGUGCUCGUGGGAGAAGUCGCAGUUGGGUAAGUCGCUUACCUACGAGUAUUUGAGCGGCCCGCCUUGCGAAUGCGAUGGGCCCCUCGUCAAGGUCACGAUCGUAACUGGCAGUACUGCGGUGCUGUAUUGCUACGGUGAAUGCCUUGCGAUUGGCGAGGACCAGUGCCUUUCGUUUACGAAGAACCGGAGAGACCACAACAAUUGGUCCGGCGUGCAGGAGCAGCUGAAACAAGAUCAAGACGGUGAAACUGAAAUCUUGUCGUGGUGCGAGUGGGACAAGGGCACACGCACAUGCAAAAAAGAGGAGGAGCCGCUGAAAGACGCGUCGACGUGGUGCGCGUGGAAUGAUGAUGAGAAAAAGUGCCACGAAGGCCCGGGCUGGUGAUGAUAUCUGCACUGUUGCACCAGCUGCUGUUUUGUCACCGAAAAAUGUAUAUAAAUAUUCAGUACUUGCCACAUCAUACAUUCGAAUGGAACGAUAGUCGUCUUCGUGUCACAUUCACAUCGAAAUUAUCCAUGUCAGAAAAACAUACGCAUUCUGCACAAGGGCACAAAGUAGAUUCUUCAGAAAACCUCACCCACAGUCGAAUUCAUUAUAAGUAGGUAGGAGCACCCAGCAUCCAAGCACAUGCCAUACGUACAAGUUGUUCUUUUACCUCUAGCAUGAUAACCAAAAAAUUAUCUGUGCGUCGCAGACCAAGAAAAACAUCCGUGCCUCCAGUAGUUAAACUCAUAAUAGUAAAAAAUGAAAAACGCAAAAAAAUAAAAAGCAUGCACGAAAAACACGAAAAGCUACAAGUAACGCUAUAGCAUAUAUCUACCCGAGAGAUCUAGGUGGCUACUACUCUGUUGACGCUGCCCAAUCACGCACGUAAGCUUCGGGCGCAUAUCCUGCACCCUAGGGAAAAGAUAGAAGAGCACAAGUACUGUUCUAUUGCGAUUACCCCCGGCGACACAGCAGAAAAAUAGCAAAUCCAUCGUAGUCGACGCACGGUACAUGAAUUCUAGCAGACGAUGGAGUGGAUUGCUGCACCGAGCAAAGCUACUUUUUCUCGCAUAUUACUUCUUCCCCAGACCGUGUCAAAGCCAAGCGCCUACCCUCCCUCCUCAUCUAUCUUUCGUUUCGGAAAAAAUGUUGUCCAUUCACUUUCGACCCCCUUCGACAAAAAGUAUCAAAUUUUAGCAAUUGCGAGUAGUAUGCUUGACGCAUCCCAGCUUCUGAUUUACUCUGAUACAUAGUCUCGACUCGGAGUGCUGCACGCAGCUGGUGCGAGCGCUGUAGGCUUGAAGAACUACGCUGAAAAUAUGAAAAGACCACUACAACUAGAUGUAGAACAGCUCAGGUUCUUGCACUGGCAAGAUUCCACCUGGACGCGAUUUUUCUGAACUUUUUGUCGAUCGAAUUGGAGUCAACAU